CCGGGCCGUGUGGUUAGCGAGUGCUAAAAAUCCUAAUAUAUCCAUAAAAAUGGCUUUCGGAGACGUUAAAUCUGCACAGGGCUUGAACCAACUCAACCAGUUCUUAGCUGAGAAGAGUUACAUCUCCGGAUGGGUGCCCACCUCAGCUGACGUGCAGGUGUUCGAACAGGUCGGCAAGGCGCCGGCCGCCAGCCUCGCGCACGCGCUGCGCUGGUACAACCAGAUCGCGUCCUACACCCCGGCCGAGCGCAAGGCCUGGCCCGCUGGAGCCAGCCCGCUCACCGCCGGCGGCAAGCCCACGGCCCCCGCCGCCGCCAAGAAGGAGGAGGACGAUGACGAUGACGUUGACCUAUUCGGAUCUGGUGACGAGGAAGAGGAUGCGGAGGCUGCCAGAAUCCGUGAGGAGCGUGUCAAGGCCUACUCAGAGAAGAAGUCCAAGAAGCCUGCCCUUAUUGCCAAGUCAUCUAUACUCCUGGACGUCAAGCCCUGGGACGAUGAAACUGACAUGAAGGAAAUGGAGAAGCUUGUCCGAACCAUUGAGAUGGACGGUCUCCUCUGGGGUGCCUCCAAACUGGUGCCAGUUGGCUACGGUAUCAACAAGCUGCAGAUCAUGUGUGUCAUUGAAGACGACAAAGUGUCAGUCGACACCCUCACAGAAACCAUCCAGGAAUUCGAAGACUUUGUCCAGUCUGUGGACAUCGCUGCUUUCAACAAAAUCUAAAUGAACAAUUUUUCUAAGUUAUUUAAUUAAUAAACACGCAUUUUUC